AACCGCGGCCCAGAAACGGUGAGGGCAGGACGGUAGCGAGGCGCCGGCGGGGGCGGGGGGAGUUCUGAGAAAUUCGCGCGGCUGGCAGGUCCUUUCCCACUGCAGGUCCAUGGCUGAAGUGCACGUGAUUGGUCAGAUCGUGGGAGCCAGCGGAUUCCCUAGCAGCAGCCUUUUUUGCAAAUGGGGGAUUCACACAGGUGGUGCCUGGAAGUUGCUGUCGGGAUUCCGGGAAGGGCAGACCCAAGUCGACCACCCCCAGCUGGAUGAUGUGGCUUAUUGGUCCCACCCCAUUGACGUCCACUUUGCCACCAAAGGCUUGCAGGGCUGGCCCAAGCUGCACGUCCAGGUGUGGCACCAGGACUCCUUUGGGCGUACGGAGCUGUACGGGUACGGCUUCUGCCACGUGCCUUCCACCCCCGGCUCCCACCAGCUGGACUGCGUCACCUGGCGCCCCCUGGGCUCCUGGCAGGAGCAGCUCUCCCAGGUCUUUGUGGGAGGGGGCCCCCAACUGCUCAACACCGACCUGAUCUACACGGGGGCCGACCGCUACCGCCUGCAGACCUGCGCCAUGGGCACCGUCCACCUCCAACUGGCCGUCAUCCUCCGGAACUUCGACCGCUACGGCGUCGAGUGCUGAGGUCCUCCCCACCCCGGCCAGGGCCGCCCCCUUGCCGCCGUUAUGGCUCCUUCCCAUUCGUCCCAAAGACCGGGACCCUCGCCGCUUGGGAAGGGAAGACUUCUGCAGUCGGGAGCAGAAGGGCAGCUCCAUUCCACCGGCAGCCAAAGUGCGGAACUAUGAGCCAAACCUCCCAAGUUUGGCAUCUCCAGUUCGGGGAGAGGAAAGAGGACGAGCGAUUGGCGCUUAGCCCGGAUGGGUCAGGAGGCAGAUCUUGUGGAUCCUCGUCUAAGCGGAGCACCUCGCAAGCAAGAUCCGUUGCGACCCCUUUUUUGGGGAGUGCUGUGAAAACUCUUCCCCGGUAUGAUUUUUUUGUCUGGAGGAGUUUGCCCAUAUCGCAGACAGGACCUCUGUUCCCAGUCCUCCUGAAUCGCUGGCAGUGUACAACUUUAUUUCUAUAAAGGCUAUUCUUUUC